AUGAGUACACUCGAUGCAACUAGAGCAGAACUCGCUCUUGUAAUUCUGUAUCUGAAUAAGGCUGAAGCCAGGGACAAGAUUUGUAGGGCAAUUCAAUAUGGUUCAAAAUUCUUGAGUAAUGGACAGCCUGGUACUGCCCAAAAUGUUGACAAAUCAACCAGCUUAGCCCGGAAAGUUUUCCGUCUUUUUAAGUUUGUCAAUGAUCUGCACGGUCUUAUUAGCCCAGUUCCUCAAGGGACCCCUCUGCCUCUUGUUUUAUUGGGAAAGUCCAAAAAUGCUUUGUUGUCGACUUUCUUGUUUCUUGAUCAAAUCGUUUGGCUUGGUAGAAGUGGCAUUUACAAGAACAAAGAACGUGUUGAGCUAAUUGGUCGGAUAUCCCUUUUCUGUUGGUUGGGAUCCUCAGUCUGUACUACGUUGGUUGAGGUUGGGGAGCUUGGGAGGCUUUCUGCAUCAUUGAAGAAGUUAGAGAAGGAGCUUAAGGAUGGUGAAAAACAUCAUAAUGAGCAAUACCGUGCCAAACUUAAAAGAUCAAAUGAAAGGUCACUAGCCCUUGUCAAAUCAGCCAUGGACAUUGUAGUUGCUGUUGGGCUACUUCAAUUGGCACCCAAGAAAGUAACUCCUCGUGUUACAGGAGCUCUCGGAUUUGUUACCUCUCUAAUCUCCUGCUACCAGUUGCUUCCAUCGCCACAAAAGUCCAAGACAACUUGA